AUGCUCUCCCGGUCCAUCUCCCUCCAGUCGCAAGCUCUCCGAGCUGCGACGAGGCGUCCUGCCUUUUCCGGCCAUGCCCGCCUCCUCUCCUCCACCGCGGCCCGACGCGCCAACGACCAGCUGAACAAGGUCUCGGCCAACAUCACCCAGCCCAAGUCCCAGGGCGCCUCCCAGGCCAUGCUCUACGCCACCGGCCUCACCGAGGAGGACAUGAACAAGGCCCAGGUCGGCAUCUCGUCCGUCUGGUACGAGGGCAACCCCUGCAACAUGCACCUGCUCGACCUGUCCAACAUAGUCCGCCAGUCGGUCAAGGACGUCGGCCUGAUCCCCUACCAGUUCAACACCAUCGGCGUCUCGGACGGCAUCAGCAUGGGCACCAAGGGCAUGCGCUACUCGCUGCAGUCGCGCGAGAUUAUUGCCGACUCCAUCGAGACCGUCAUGAACGGCCAGUGGUACGACGCCAACGUCUCCUUGCCCGGCUGCGACAAGAACAUGCCCGGCGUCGCCAUCGCCAUGGGCCGCGUCAACCGCCCCAGCAUCAUGGUCUACGGCGGCACCAUCCAGCCCGGCUGCAGCAAGAGCGGCGAGUCCAUCGACAUCGUCUCCGCCUUCCAGGCCUACGGCCAGUACAUCACCGGCGAGAUCACCGAGGAGCAGCGCUUCGACAUCAUCCGCAACGCCUGCCCCGGCAGCGGCGCCUGCGGCGGCAUGUACACCGCCAACACCAUGGCCACCGCCAUCGAGACCCUCGGCAUGACCAUGCCCGGCAGCAGCAGCAGCCCCGCCGAGGACGCGAGCAAGCGCGCCGAGUGCGAGGGCAUCGGCGCCGCCAUCAAGAACAUCCUCCGCGAGGACAUCCGCCCCCGCGACAUCAUGACCCGCCAGGCCUUUGAGAACGCCAUGAUCGUCGUCAACAUCCUCGGCGGCAGCACCAACGCCGUCCUCCACCUGCUCGCCAUCGCCGACUCGGUCGGCAUCAAGCUCACCAUCGACGACUUCCAGGCCGUCUCCGACCGCACCCCCUUCCUCGCCGACCUGAAGCCCUCGGGCAAGUACGUCAUGGCCGACAUGCACCGCAUCGGCGGCACGCCCGGCCUGCUCAAGUUCCUCAUCCAGGAGGGCCUCAUCGACGGCUCCGGCAUCACCGUCACCGGAAAGACCAUGAAGGAGAACGUCGAGAACAUGCCCUCCUUCCCGGCCGACCAGCAGAUCAUCCGCCCCUUCAGCAACCCCAUCAAGCCCACGGGCCACAUCCAGAUCCUGCGCGGCCAGCUCGCGCCCGGCGGCUCCGUCGGCAAGAUCACCGGCAAGGAGGGCCUGCGGUUCGAGGGCAAGGCGCGCGUGUUCGACGAGGAGGACGCCUUCAUCGCGGCGCUCGAGCGCGACGAGAUCAAGAAGGGCGAGAAGACGGUCGUCAUCAUCCGCUACGAGGGCCCCAAGGGCGGCCCCGGCAUGCCCGAGAUGCUCAAGCCCAGCUCCGCCAUCAUGGGCGCCGGCCUCGGCCAGGACGUCGCCCUGCUGACCGAUGGCCGCUUCUCCGGCGGCAGCCACGGCUUCCUCAUCGGCCACAUCGUGCCCGAGGCCAUGGAGGGCGGGCCCAUCGGCCUCGUCCGCGACGGCGACGUCAUCACCAUCGACGCCGAGAAGCGCGUCAUCGACACCAACGUCUCGGACGAGGAGAUGGCCAGGCGCAGGGCCGAGUGGAAGGCGCCCCCGAUCAAGUACAGCAAGGGUACGCUCAAGAAGUACUCGGCCCUCGUCAGCAACGCCAGCUUGGGAUGUGUGACGGACGGCAGCAUCUAA